AUGCACUUACAGGGAACGUCGUCAGCUCUGAUUGGAUCUUUUCAUCAGGGCGCUUCGCCGUGUUGGCAUGAAAUACCAAGCCUCGCCCCGCAGCAGUUGGAGGCCUCAAUCCGCCUUGCUCAGCCAAUUCCUCUUUUUGCGAGCACCGCGCUCAAAACCAUAGAAUACCUUCAAGAAAAUCCAUCAAUAUUCCAAUUCGACCCUGACCCAAAGGAGCCAUUCACAGAGGGAUUCAUCGAUCCUAGGGUUCUCACGCUUAGCCGAUCCCCUGAAGUUGAAGAGGGAGCUUAUUAUAACUCUCCCAUACCAGGUCGGCAGCAGGAUAUAACCCAGGACGACGCUUACUACUCCCUUUCGGAGUCGUCAUUAGAUUACUCCUCUUCAUAUUUGGCAGGCUGCGAAAUUGAGGAUUUCUUGCGUUGUACGGCUGACGAAGCCCAGCCAGCUACCACCAGACACCUCGGGAGUGUCCACGGGGAAUCAUUCCCCGGGCUGGUGAAACGUUAUCGGUGCCCCAGCGGGGACUAUGAGACCAGUCGAGGAGAAAACCUCAAGAGACACAUGGAGGCGAAACAUCCAGAUGAGCCGAUUCCCGCGAACUGGAGAGAGAUUUUUCUGAACAGAAAAUGA